GGUAAAACUCUGUUCAUCGUCACGUAGAAUAUCCAUCUAUCUUUCGGUCCGUCGCUAGGAUUCGGCAGAGAACUUUUAGACUCUCGGCAAUCGGCAAACCUUGACUUUUAGCCGAUCUCACAAUUUACCGUGACGUCAUUCUCAACUUUUCUCAAAGCUCAUGUAAACUUCGCAAAGCAUACUCGCUAUGGUUCUAAGAUAAAUGAGCUCAAAUCUUAAUAGUUUUAAGUUUAUCAUGUCUUCACCUACUCCCCAGACCACUACCAAUACUAUAUAGGGUUUCGAACAGCUAAACCGCGCGCGAAGCAUAAACGGAGCACAACCGUGGAAGAUGGAAAUUUCAUAGAUAUAGACCCAAAAGUGUUAAUUUCCCUGGCAAAUGUUAAUACCCUUGCUUUAAACUCAACUGCGAGCAGUUUUAUAGGCAUCUUAUUCCCUGAUCUCGGGGAUAUCAAAUGAGAAUCCUCUUCAAAUGUCCUUUUGUCCGCCUUGGUUUCUAAACAGCUCCCACCAGACCGUAAAUUCCUGAACAUAAUUUUCGAUUAUACCGCAAAAAUGAGCCUGUCUAACAGCGACUAUUACCCGGACUCCAGUCCAGCAAGCGAAGAGGCAAGGCUGCUUCUUCCCGUUGUUCGGCCUAUUCCAUUUAUGUCGCCUGAUAUUGACGCUCCACGAAUGUGUGCGUAUGCGCGGCACGCUUCUUCAGCCGUAAGAGAAACCGAGCCACUCAUCAGAAGCCAUCACCCGUCGUUAAAAGAGAGCAAGGUCGUCUUUGUAUGCGACAAAAUGGGCACCGCAACUUGGAUUAUUCCUCAUACUGCUGAAGCCAGUCGCUACGAUGGUACAGAAGCCGCAGGGAGGAAAAUCAAGGUCCUUUCCCCGGUCAGAGAUGGGUUCCUUUGGCUCUCAAAGGAUUUGGAUUUCUACGGGUGGUUCUUCAACAUCAUCGACUGUGGACGGAUUCUACAGUUAGAUGAACUUGCGGAAAUACGACAGUUCUUUACAGGCGCAGUGACAGCUGUUGCGCUUUCUAGGCGGCUCAUCGUGGUCACUUUCCCCACCAAAGAGGCCAUCCAGGCUUGCUGGGUAGCCAGAGUCGCCGAGAAAGUCGGUCAGCAGAUCAGACUAUAUGAUGAUGAAUAUAACAAAGACGACAUCAUUUUUGAGUUAAAGUCUAGCAAUGACACCGGAGCUAUUGACCGACAGAAAAACAGAGCCGUACGAUUGCGUUUUCCCGCCGGCGGGGGUAUUAUUGUCGUUGUUCCUGAAGAACUACUCCAAAAUCGGAAUAUCGUACCCUUGGCAAAUGGAGAAAAUAUUUUUACGUCUUUCAUCCACCGCUUCUUUAGGACUACUUAAUCAUCCUACGACGUGGCAAAUAGUUCGACUAAUAAUAACCUGACAUACGAUUAUGUUAAAGCACUCCGACUAUGUGCGCCCUCGAACAAGGGAAGAGUGGUGGCUGUGACACAGUUGCAACGGCGGCCCCUCGCAAUAACUUAAUGGAUCAAAGAAAUUGGCCGACUUAUAUCAUGCCUAAUGCGCCUGCGACGGAUGAGGGCAAUUAUUACCUGCACGUAUUAUGUUUAACAUUCCUCGUUCGAUGAUGAAGGCCUCAGGAGGGAAAGGGACAGGAGAGUGAGUGAUGCUGAAGGUAAAACUGGAUCAAGUUUUCAAAAAAAAAAAAAAAAAAAAAAAAAAAAAAAAGAAAAGAAAAGAAAAGAAAAGAAACUAAGGUACAUCCUGUCUUUUGAAGCAUUUGUUAAAAUCAUGUACUGGUAUCAUGCCACACACCAUCACUCCAGGAUCUCAGUUUAGCAGUUUGGGAAUAGUCAAAAGUUGUUAGAGAAGAUAUCAAUUCAGUUCAAUCUGCUCUUCUAGCUGAAAUUUUAAACAAUGGCUUUGAUGUUUUCACCUGUUGUAUGUUCUGUACAGUUAAAACAAUACUGUUCUCUUUUAUUUUUUAAACAUGAAACUGAAAGAAAGAUGUAUGAUCUCUUGUAGCUACCAAGUGACUUAAUGGCAAAGAGAAUAUUUCCGAAA